AGCCCAGAAGUUUACAUGGAAAGGUAGUGGCCAUUGUGGUGACAUCUAUUGUGGUCAUGUCGCUUCUGAUUAUGAUCCCCUUGGUGUGUUGGUUGGUGAUUAGAAAGAGAAGAAGAGGAGACGACAUUCAAAUCAGUGACGAAGAAAAAGUAGAAUUAUCCAUCUUUGAUAUGGUCACCAUUAGCAGGGCAACUAACAAGUUUUGUGAUGCAAAUAAAAUUGGAGAAGGUGCUUUUGGGCCUGUUUACAAGGGCCUGCUAUCAACGGGAAAGGAAAUAGCGGUCAAACGGCUCUCAACUAUCUCAAAACAAGGUCUUAGUGAAUUCAAUAGUGAAGUGGCUUUGAUUGCUAAACUUCAACACCGUAAUCUGGUCAGGCUUUUGGGAUGUUGCAUCCAUGAAGAAGAAAGAAUGUUAAUUUACGAGUACAUGCCCAAUGGAAGCUUGGAUUCUCUCAUAUUUGGUGUAGAAAGCACAAGAAGUAAAUCACUCACAUGGAGGAGGCGCUUAGAUAUUAUUGUUGGGAUUGCUCAAGGAGUUCUUUAUCUACAUCGAGAUUCAAGAUUGAGAAUUAUUCAUAGGGAUCUCAAAGCUAGCAAUGUCUUAUUGGAUUGUGAGAUGAAUCCUAAAGUUUCAGAUUUUGGCCUGGCUAGGGCCUUUGGAGGAGAUCAAUCAUCCGCAAAGACAAGAAGGGUGGUUGGAACUUAGUAAGUGGAAUACUCUUUUUCCUUGUACAAGCUUAGCUAAGAGAAGCCACAAGAUUUUUGAGUACAUCUCUAAAGCUUGUUUUGCACUAAUUUCUAAAUUGUUUGGUAAUGGUAUGCAACGGUUACAUGUCACUGGAAUAUGU